UACGGGCCGAGCGAGCGGCGGGGCUUCUUUCCCUCUCGUCGAGAGUGGCCGAGAGACCGGUGGCGGAUAUCGGUGCAUCGUUCCUCGGAGCUGCCUCGCGUCGCCUCCAAAGCGCGAGCGUGCGAUACGGACGGCCGUGUAGCAGUGUCGUCGACCGUUUUGCUCGUCGGCGCGCGGUUUCCGGGUUCGCGGGCGCGCGAGUAAAAUUAAGAUCGGACUUCGAAGAUCGGAUCGCGGGAGCCGAUGACGCACCGUUUCAUCCGCGGGACCACGUUCGCGCGGUCGAGGAGCAAUAACGUCCUUUGAUCGAAGGCAAGUCUCCGCACAUUUGUCACGCAUAUCCUCACGAUGCGUCUGUUCAAACGUUACACGGCUGAUACGAGUCCGCAGCUCGUUUCGGCUGUGCCUAUAUCUCAAGACGUUGCGGCUGCGAAUAAUGCCGAAAGCAAUACGUCUGAAAGAUCGGAGAAGAAAUUGAAGGCGGACGACAGAUUGGAAGGUAUACUUCCAGUAAAAGAAGACACCGACACGCCGAAAGAACCGACGGACCCUUCUAUCCUGACUCGUAAAGGAAUCUCCACGUGGGGACGAAAGAUGGGUCGACGAUGGGAUCAAAUGAAGAGGUCGGACAGCUCCGAAUUGCUUUCGGUGCCGCGACGGCGACGACGGUGGAGCCCGCAUCGGAAAAGCGGCUACGAUGAAAUCUCGAGCGAGAAAGAAAACGGAAAUAGCGAACUCCCGAAACCAAAGAGAAUUCCCAGAGUAGAAUCGUUGAGAAAUCUCUUCAGAACCGGUGGCGAUCAUUCUCUUAACGGCAAGAGUUCUACGAGAAGCGCGACGAUCCAGGAGGAGGAUGCAGUUGUCAAUGUUAGCCAUUGCCCGAUGGGGAAGACCCUCAGCGAAGGUGCGAUCAAGAAGCUCCCAUUUCGAGGUAUUUGCGCAGAGAAUUUCGACGAUCGCGAGGUCACUGAAAUCAAUCGGGAAAUGUUUCGCCAAAAGAAAUUGCAACUGAGUCGCAGCAUACAGGAUCUGCAGGAGCAACAGCGACUGUUGGAUUACAUACUCAAGAAUCACGAGAGCCUGAAGCCGCGUCAGGGUGACGCGUCCGCGAGAGAAACGUUGGAGAACGUUGGAACGAGCGCGAGUCCGAAAUCUUCGGGGGAGACGAAAAGUGAGACCCCGACGCGAACGCCUGAUCAUCAUCAGUCUGCCGGUAACGCGACUGUCAACGAAGCUAAAGGAAAUUCGUGUCCCCAAGGAUUAUCUGCCGGCUCGCUGACCGGUCUGGAAGAUCUGCUGAGCAAUCUGCGCAUAGGUUGCGACGAAAGCGGCUACGAUUCGGACAGUACGCGAGCCGGCGCGGACUCGCCGGACAGCGAAAAAUCGGCGGUGCCUCCCUUGUUGAAGCCGCGCAGUUUCUCGAUAACAUCGGACGAUUAUCGCGGUAUUGACUUAUCUCUACUCGAGGGUUUGCAGAAAAAACACGCAAGUACCGUGACCGAAUCACGUUCGUCGGAAACGUGCGAUUCGAAGAUCGAGAAGGUCAACGCCGCCGAUGCCGCUGUCGAUGUCGCGGCGAACAAUUCUUCCUUCAAUGAGUCGACCGCAACCCAAUCCACCGUGUUAAUGUCGGAGGAGGACGACACGGACAGCUGCGACGAGGAUACUUUUGCCGAUUUUCCGGAAUACCGACCGGAUUUAACGAAAGUUUAUUCUAAGACGGAAGCGGAUCUCUUGCCAAAGUCUCGCGAGGCUCUAACGAAAGCAGCGACCGCGACAUCCGUUCUGCUCGGUGAGGAUUUAACGAAACUCCACGUGACAGACCGUAACGAUCUCGGCGUUACACCGCAAUGUGACGAUGCUGAUGCGCGUGGCACCGAUGAUGUCAAAAUAAAAGUCGACUCCGACAAGAGGAAACUUUGUGUAACGCCGGAAAGUCAUGUUAACGUAUCCCAGAUGGCUAAAUUUCAAAAUUUACUGAAGGACAAGAAGUCUAAAAAUCGAAAAUGCUCAAGUCCAAGUGUACUGCACCUCUUGGACCACGCGGCGUCCCCGUGCAAGGACACUCCACCGGCUAACAAAAUCCAUUCCUUAUCUGACGCAAUAACUCAUCCUUUACGAUACUAUAGCCCAAAGAGAUCGCGUUCCACUCUAGAACUCGACACGUUAGACGUGCCGAGAAACGCGGCGAAGAAGGUGUCCUCGGUUCCUAUCGCUUCCAUUAUUAAGCCUGUCACUGCCGCUAACAAGAUCCUGGUACGACGUGAAUUGAAGACGAUGAAGCUGACGGUGAGCCACGCGGCGGGUCUCGGUAUUUCGGUCGAACGGUGCGAGGCGGCCAGGCCAUUCUACGUGAUCGCCAAGAUGGAUCCCAACGGCGAAGCGGCCAAGUCGAGGCAAUUCCGCAUCGGCGACGAGAUCGUUCGUGUCUGCGGGCGUAGGAUACGCGGCAUGUCGAUGGCUGAGGCGCGAAACGCCUUGCGGAGUUGCGUUGGCACGGUCGAGCUGCAAAUCGCGAGAGAACCGAUUCCGUCUUUCGGCGAGGAAAUCGGCGACACGUGGGGCAACGCCUUGACGCGAACGCGAAGCGAUCCCGACGCGUGGAUCUCGAAGAACAAAAGACUCGAACUGUCAGUUCCGUCCGACGAUACGUUAUCUUCAACGAACGCCCGAAUCCACCGCGCCGUUGACGACGCGACUGUUAGUUUCCAAAAGAUGACGGGUAUGAAGAAGUUCCAGGUCGUGAGGAAACGAAGCGCAGAGGCGCCCCCCGUUCGACGAGGGUCCAGCUUAUCUAUCGAUCUCUUAACGAUCAUAUUGGAAAAGGGCGCGCCGAAGAAAUUGGGUUUUUCCAUCGUCGGCGGCGUGGACAGCAAUAAAGGACGCAUGGGUAUCUUUGUGAAGGAUAUUAUGCUCGGUGGACAAGCUGCGGAAGAAGGUACUCUGAGAGUGGGAGAUGAAAUAUUAGCAAUCAAUGGCUCCUCGUUGGAUGGACUGACGCACGCCAAGGCGUUACAGAUGUUCAAGAGCGCCAAAGCUGGGAACUUGAUACUUCACGUCGCCCGAAGAGAUCCAACGCAUAAACGAUAUGUCACACAAUCAAAGUCAUAUGAUUGCCUCGACAAAUUAACGAAGUCUACCGACGAAUAAAACUAUUGCCAUUAUAGCGUUAAUUAUAUUAUUAAUAUUAUUAUUAUUAUAUUGUUAAUUUCGUUUCUAAAAAAUAUGAUGAAUUACUACGAGAAGUUACGAAAUUUUCUAUUAGAUAUAAUUUCAUAAACCCUCUGGGUUUAUUGAAUAAAAAGAUUAAAAAAUUAACAUCUAAACAUUACAAAAUUUAGAUUAAAAAAAUUGAACUAUCGAUAUUUUACGUUCUAAAUAUUUCAUGCAUUUCGGUUAGCAUCUUAACGUGCUUUCGAUAAUAUUUUGUAUGCUGAGGGAGAUAUAUAUGUAUAUAAAUCAUACACACAUAAUUGAACUCUAAUUGUGAUAGCCAUCAAUUACUUGCACUAACGGAUAAUAUUCAUAACAAUUCUUUUUUUCUAAUAGAUUUUUUGAUAAAUAAGAACAUCUUGCAUUAUAUAAUAUGUAUAAUAUUAUAUUUAAACUCUCUAAAUAAGAUCUCAGAGAUAAGAGCAAUCCGUAUUUAUUUACGCUUUCAUAUAUCUCUUUCAUACUCAAUUAAUCUAUUCUGUUUCAAAAAAAAAGGAGAAAGAUAGAGUUAAUUUUGCAUAAAUUUUGCAGAAUAAUUAUUAAAUUAUAUCGCUAUUGAAACAUUUGCAUUUCUUAUUCCGAACAUAUCUAUUUAGAUAUGAACGUUGUAUUCUAACGUUAAAGAAAUGUUAAGUAAAGUAAUGAAGUAGAAUUAGUUAACAAUAACGGUAUUGUGCAGCUUUAUAGCCAUGUCCUGUUAGAUGUGGUACGCUAACAGCUUGGAAUAUGGUUUAACUUAACAGCAUCGUGGGAUUUAACAAAUGUUUUUAUUUAAAAAUAUAUUCUUGUGUAAAUCGACCUACACGAACAUUAAAAAGCUAGUUAGUUGCGCCCGAAAGCACGAAAGUCAUCAACUGCGUAUUGCGUAAUGUUACUACAGUAACUAGUAAUUCUCGUUAAGUUUAUUUCGUUAAGAGACUGACAUUACGAAUGUCUACCUGCAAAAUGCUGUGAUAUUGAUUGUAGUCGCAUCGGCUGAUAUUAUAUGAGUUGUAUAUUUAAUAAUAAAUGUGAUUUUGUUAAAUAAAAGCAUACUUGGCAAA